GUAAAUUUGUAGAUUUUUUUUUAUAAUAUUUUAGAUAUAACAUAAUUUCAAAUGGAAAUUAAUACCACAUCAUUGUUGCCGUACGUGCUAGAUCUGCUAAGUCGCCAGCCAGAUCUAUGCACCACAGUAGAUGCGUUGUGUGCAAAGAUAAAGGACGUGGUCAUGGACGAUGUCAUCAGUCCAUUUGGCACUCUGAAGCGGGCAGUGGAGUUCUCCGUCGAGCUGGGCUCCAAUCUAGGCCUACUCCUGUUGAGCGACAAACGCAUUCGCAUGCCCUUCAAUUUGCGUACCAAGAAGGACGUCGCAGCGUGCCAACAAGUCGAUGAGCAAGCGCUCGCCGAGGGACACGAACGUAGUGUGGUCAAGCGUCUAGCCAAGACAUUGAAGGACCCGCGUAAUGGGGUUCGCAAACCGAAGACCAGUGUUAAAAAGCGACGCAAAUUUAACUACAAACAGCCAGUCGCUCGUCCGAAAAACAAGAAGUGCAAACUAACGAAGAAGCAGCUCAUUCGUCAGGCCUGCAGAGCUCGCGGCAACUAUUAA